GUGAUGGAGUGAGGCCGAACCUGCUGAGUGGGGAGUUGUGAGACGGGGAGGAGGGAGUCUAAAACAAACACACAAGUCUUACGGCGGAAGCUGACGAGAAGUCGAAUCACAGCAAUUGCGGCCGGGAUGGAAGGCGAACAGGAACCAUCUGUUGGCGAGUCGCAUGACGUACUGAGCUCUGUAGAGGGGAGUUUACCAGACUCUGAAUCGCGGCGGAUUGGGCAGGAAGAGCGAGAAGAAGAGAAGGAAAAUGAGCGGGGUAAGGUCGAGAGUGAAGGGAGGGAAGGAGGACAAGGGAAUGGUAGCGUAGGUAAACUAGUGGAAGUUAUGGAGGUCGAGCAAAAGCCCGCGCCUCCGCCGACGAAUCUCAUUGACCUGGGUCGUUCUUUUUGCACGACGACCACAGUAUCAGAAGUCAUGGAGGCCGGGGGUACAGGGCAGGGGGAGAGAGGAGAGGAGAAGAGAAGUGAGCAGGUUAAGAAGGAGAGUGAAGGGGCGGGUGGAAGAGAAGGGAACUUUUGUGUAGGUACAGAAAUCGAAGUUAUGGAGGCCGGCUUGAAACCCGCACCUCCCCCGACGAAUCCUAUUGACCAGGAUAGUUCUCCUUGCGUCAUGACCACUGUACCAGUAGUUAUGGAGACUGAGGGGAUUGGGCAGGGAGAGAGAGGAGAGCAGAAGAGAAGUGAGCGGGAUGGGGACCAGAGUGAGGGUACGGGAGGAGAGAAAGGGAAUUUUUCUGUAGGUACAGAAAUCGAAAUUAUGGAAGCCGUUUUGAAACCCGCACCUCCCCCAACGAAUCCUAUGGACUACAGUAGUUCUCCUUGCGCCAUGACCACUGUACCAGAAGUCGUGGAGACCGGGGGUGCAGGGCAGGGGGAGAGAGGAGAGGAGAAGAGAAGUGAGCAGGAUGGGAAGGAGAGUGAGGGGACCGGUGGAAGAAAGGGGUACGUUUGUGUAGGUAGAGAAAUCGAAGUUACGGAGGCCGGUUUGACGGAUCCUAUUCACCGGGAGAGUUCUCCUUGCGCCAUGACGACGGUACCAGAAGUCGUGGAGAGUGGUGGGAUUGGGCAGGGGGAGAGAGGAGAAGAGAGGAGAAUGGAGCAGGAUGGGGAGGACAGUGAGGGGACGGGAGGAGGAAAAGGGGAUUUUUGUGUAGGUACAGAAAUCGAAGUUAUGGAGGCCGGAUUGAAACCCGCACCUCCUUCGACGAACCCUAUUGACCAGGGUGGUUCUCCUUGCGCCAUGACCACUGUACCAGAAAUCAUGGAGACCGGGGGGACUGGGGGGGGGGAGAGAGGAGAAGAGAAGAGAAUGGAGCGGGAUGGGGAGGAGGGUCAGGGGAAGGAAAGAGGAGAAGGCAAUGGUGGUGUAGGCAUAGUAGCGGAGGUUCUGGAGGCGGAGCGAAAACCCGCGCCUCCUGUGACGGAUCUCGUUUACCUGGGUAGUUCGUCUUGUGCGAUGUCGACUCUGCCAGAUUUGAUGGAGGCCGGGGGGGUUCGGCAGGGGGAGAGUAGAGAAGGGAAGGGAAUGGCGCGGGAUGGGGAGGAGAGUCAGGGGAGGGAAAGAGGUGAAGGGAAUGGUAGUGUAGGCACGCUAGCGGAAGUUCUGGAGGCCGAGGGAAAACCCGCGCCUCCUGUUACGGAUCUCGUUGACGUCGGUAGUUCGUCUUGUGCGAUGUCGACUAUACCAGACUUCACGGAGGCUGGGGGGAUUGGGCAGGGGGAGAGUAGAGAAGAGAAGAGGAUGGACCGGGAUGCGGAGGAGUGUCAGGGGAGGGAAAGAGGAGAAGGGAAUGGUAGCGAAGGCACACUAGCGGAAGUUCUGGAAGCCGAGGGAAAACCCGCGCCUCCUGUGACGGCUCGCGUUUACCUCGGUAAUUCGUUUUGUAAGGCGUCGACUAUACCAGACUUCAUGAAGACCGGCGGGAUUGGGCAGGGGGAGAGUAGAGAAGGGAAGGGAAUGGAGCGGGAUAAGGUCGAGAAUGAGGGGAGGGAAAGAGGAGAAGGGAAUGGUAGUGUAGGUACACUAAUAAAGGAAGUUCGCCCGUCAUCCCCGACGACGAAGCUUAUUUACCCCAGUAGUUCUUCUUGCACGAGAACCACUGUGGAAGAUAUUGUCGAGCCCGGCCCGAAGCCUGCGGCGCCAUUGAGGACGAACGGGAUUGCGAUCGACCUCGGUACAUCUUCUUGCGCGGUGGCGGUUUUCGGCAACGAGAGGGUACGAGUCAUACCGAACGAAUUUGGAAAACUAUCAACGCCUUCUUUCAUUGCGUUCACGGACAGGAAGCGGCUUGUGGGCGCGCAAGCUCAGAAGCAAGUGCAGAGGAGAGUGGAGAACGUGCUGUUUGAGAUCAAACGACUGAUCGGACGAGAUUACGAUUCGAUUACCAGAGAAGAGCGGUAUCGUUGGCCUUUCAGGGUGGCAAGGGGACAGUCGGGGGAAGCACGAGUCGAAGUGAAAAGUGAGUUUUUGUCUCUGUUUGUCAGCGAUCGUCAUGAUAAUGAGGAGGAGGGGAUCAUUCAAAUGCAAUCCUUCACGCCGGAGGAGGUAUUAAGCAUGCUGCUGGCGAAGAUGAAGCAUUGCGCCGAGGUGUUUCUUGACUCCCGCCUGACCAGCAGAGCUGCGGUCAUCACGGUUCCCGCCUCCUACGACGACAGGCAACGAUCGGCGACCAAAUUGGCGGCUGAGAUCGCAGGCUUCGCUGACGUGGAACUGGUGAGUGAGCCGACGGCAGCCGCCCUGGCGUACGCCCAUCACACGGGCCUGAUCUCGCUGGAUGCUGGUCGUGGUGGCUGUGGAGGGAGCGGGGUUGGUGCGAUGAAGAUCCUGGUUUUCGCGCUGGGGGGGGGAAGCUUCGACGCAUCCCUCGUGACCAUUGUCGGGGGGAAGUUGAUUGUAAAUGGGGUGGCAGGCAAACCGAGUCUAGGGGGGAAGGACUUCGACAUAAAGAUUAUGGAGCUGGUGCUGGAGAGAGGAGAGAGAGAGUGGGGGGGGCAAGACUUGACGCCCAGCAUGGUGCGAAGGCUGAAGACAGCCAGCGAGAAGGCCAAACAGGACUUGACAUUGUUGCACGAGGCGUUUGUUGAGAUAGAGUCGUUCUUCGGCGAUGACGAAGACCUGCGGGUGUUCAUCGACCGCCAGGAGUUUGAGCACAAGUGUCAGUUGCUUGUGGAGGAGUGCCUGACCUGCGUUGGCCAGGUGUUAGAUGAGACAGCCACGGCGGUCGAAGAUGUGAACGAAGUCCUGCUUGUGGGCGGAUGUACAAGGAUCCCGAUGAUCGCAAGCAGAUUGCGCGAGUUCUUUGGCAACAAAUUGGCGCCAAAACCGCACCCUUACCAGGACGAAGCUGUCGUGCGCGGGGCGGCACUCUGGAUCGCUUGUAGAGAUCGAAUCCGAGAGCGGCACCCGCUGACGAUCGGAUACUCAGCGGACGAAGCUGUCGUGCGCGUGGGUGAAGCCGUCGUGCGCCGGGCGGCACGCGGGGCGGAACCCCCGUUAGUUCCCGACCUGUCGAGCAUGGAAUCUGAGCGGUUCUGUUUAUUACACUCGAUGUUCGACAGACCAGCGAGCCUUGAUUUGCCACCUGUCCGUGAGUGGUACCGUAGUGAUGGGUCAAAUGAGAGGUCUCUUACGCUGAUUGAGCGGACGAGCUGCACUGGAAGAGUUCAAGUAGCUGGUCAGUUGAUUACGAGCGAGCUGCUCAGCGACGUUCUCCUGAAGCUUAGGAUAGACAGGAGCGGGAUUCUCUUCCUGGAUGAAGAGGGGUCAGUCUCCGCAGGUGUGUCGCUGGCAAAACCUGGCCGUUGCUCGGAGGAAGAGGUAAUCUCUUGCAGGGAACGUGCCAGGAAGAUGACCGAGUACGAGAUGAGAAUGGCCAGGAUAAGCAGCGCGAGGCACCGGUGGCAGAAGUUCGUCAUGGAGGUUGAGAGAAGGAGGCGUACGUGUCCGCUCUGGUUGCGUCCUAUAUUGUCCAAGUUUCGACUCGAGAACGAGGAGUGGCUUGAGGCUGUGGGGGCGGCAGCGGCGACGUCGGCGGCGCAACCACCAGGCGAGGACGAUGAGAUCAAUCGACGGUUCUUUGAGUUCCGUGAAGCGUGCACGUAUGCAUUCGGGCGGAUGUGGGUGAAAUCUAUCUUUACAAGGAAGCCAUUCAUGGGUGAUAUCUGGAACGUCGAGGACAUCGAUUUGUGCUUGAAAAACCUUUCCAAAUUGGCGGGAAAGACUGAGGUCGGCCUGUCGAGCGAGCAGGGGUGUCGACACGUGGCUUCGCGAGAUGUUUGCGAUUGGGUUGUCUGCGUGCGAGGCCAGAAUCUAGUGGUCGAACGCCAAAGACAGAUCGAACAAGCGCAAGACGGCUUCGAGGUGGCGGCGGCGGCGGCGCCCUUCCCCGGGUCACCUUUUCAUCCCGAGUUUCUGAGGCAUUCUGGGAUCGCUUACGUGCUCCUUGAGGCAGUGUCGCCGAGCGCUGCAAGCGAUUGGUGUCAUUCCACAUCCAACGAGUGUCCAUGGAGAGGGAACAACGAACUGGUUGGGCAGCAAGCGGCGCUGGCUGUGCACUGCGGGCUGUUAGUGAUACUGUGCAUCGGCGUGUGCAGUGCUUCAGACAAGCAAACGCUUGGCGUCGAGGGCUCGACCCUGGAGCAGGAGAAAGGCUAUUGCAAGGCUCAACUCAUGGACGUUCUGCGGCACGCUCGCAGCGACUGGCGCAACAUCUUCAUCGCUUAUCGACCCAGUUCCAUUCCGAUUACUGAUUCCGCUUCCGCAUCCCCCCGCGCAGGAUAUGGGGGCGGCGGCGCUCAUGAAGAUUCUUUUACACCGGCGGAGGGGUUUGAGAGCCACGUGGUGGAGACUGUUCGGUACAUUCGGGGAGUGAUCAGCGAUGAGGUGAGCGCCGAUGCUGCCGCCAGAACGCGUAUCGCUAUUCGAGGACGGGUGGGAGCGAACGAAUGGAAUGCGCUUUUCAAAUCGCAGGAGAUCGACGGGUUGCUGCUUGAAGGAGGCUUUCGAGAUUCUCUCACGGUCAAGCAAUUCUGCGAGCCCUGCCGAGAGAGAAACGAGAAAGUCUUCCUUUGCGCAACCCACAAUGGAGGCCUGCCCUGUCCAGCAGCUCCAGAUCUCCGCUGGUUCGAUGCCCUAAGUCAUCAGCUGUUGUUGAAUGCGGAACACCGUGUGUUCUUGUUGGCUGCCCAGCACCCGCCACCUCAGCAAUUGACACCGAGCUUCAGAAGAGUAACGAGAGUCAGAGACUGCAAGACGAACGUGAUGAGAAGCAGUCGAUCGAUCCAUGGCAGCUCGUCGUCGACCGCUAAUGCCAUGUGGAAGGCCCAGAUCUUCCCGAUUUCCGACCCGCUCCUCCUUGAAGGACAGGAUGCUGAGGAUGGUCGACGCGGAAUAGAGACCCAACUUUGUGAAUUGCAGCAGGAGAUGGAGAAGCAGCACAGAGUAAUCCUCGAGUACAGGCCGGCAAGUCAUGAAAUUGAUCGCGUGGACGAUGCUCACGUCAGUAUGAGAAGAUGGAUAUGGACCAACGUCAGCCCGGAAGCGGCGCAGCGCGUGUACAUCCUUUGCUUCGUUGAUGAAAAGGUAAGUACUGACAUGCGUCAGCAAAUCGCCAAUCUGCCCAACGUAGAUGGGCUGAGCUGGCAGCUUCCGAUCGAAGGCGAGGCCAUCGUUCGCGUAGAUAGGAAACAGCGUGGAAUUUGCCUCCGCGUUUGCUUUAUGCUUCUCGUCUUGACCAUUCUUUAUGUUCUGUAUUUGCAAAUACUACCGUUAUAGAGCUCUUGUUGCAUUUAUAA